GCUUCACACACUCUCUGUGAUGUAAAUACAGUGCGCGGCUAGUGAUGUGACAAGUUAUUUUUGUCUUCUCGAACGGUUUAACACCACUAAGAGCUAAAGACUGCGGAAGAGAAGACGCCAAAACAACUGCGAUCAUCAGGUGAGUCAGGAUGGAGGAGGAUUUGUCAGGUGCUCUGAAUUCUAUCAGUUUGGGGCAGAAGGACAGCGAGAUCAUGGACUCUUUUGGGCUGUAUGUUGUCACAUGGAACGUGGCCACGGCUGAACCUCCUGAUGAUGUUCAUUCGCUGCUUCAGCUCAGUUCCCCAAAGAAACCAGACCUCUAUGUGAUUGGUCUGCAGGAGGUGCGGGCAGCCCCUUUAAAGUUUGUCUCAGACUUGGCCUUCGAUGACUCCUGGAGUCACCUUUUCAUGAGCACGCUGGCUCCUUUGGGAUAUGUCAAGGUCACUUCCAUACGGAUGCAGGGUCUUCUUUUGCUUUUCUUUUCAAAGUUGGACCACGUUCCCUUCAUCAGAGACAUUCAGACCACAUUCACCCGCACGGGUCUCUAUGGCUACUGGGGUAACAAAGGGGGUGUGUCCAUCCGUCUGUCCUUCUAUGGUCACAUGCUCUGUUUCCUGAACUGUCACCUGACCGCCCACAUGAACAACGCCUCCCACAGGGUGUAUGAGUCUGAGCAUAUUCUAGAUGCUCAGACCUUUGAUGCCAAAAACACACCACGCAUUCUGGACCACAAGGCGGUGUUUUGGUUUGGGGAUUUGAACUUUCGUAUUGAGGAUCAUGGUAUGAAUUUUAUUCGCAACUGCCUCACCAGCCAGCGCUUCGAUCUGCUUUGGCCUAAAGAUCAGCUUACCAUGAUGAAAAAGAAGGAAACCGUUUUGCAGAAGUUUGAAGAGGGACCUCUUAACUUUCAACCCACCUAUAAAUUUGACUUAAACUCUGAUAACUACGACACGAGGGUACAGAAGGCGUGGUUUGGUCUUACUGGUAAAAAACGAAAGCCUGCCUGGUGUGACCGAAUUCUUUGGAGAGUCUUGUCUAAAUCCUUACAGAAGGGUGUCGUUGAAGAUGGUGAAGAUAAAGAGGAACAGAAGAAAGAACAGGAAGAAGAGUUUCCUCUCAGAGUAGCCCAGGAGUCUUACACCAGUAAAAUGGAUUACAACAUUAGUGACCACAAGCCUGUAGUUGGCAACUUCUGCUUAGAGUUGAGGAAAAUAUAUGAUACGCCGUUGGUACAAGUGUGUGCUGAGGGAGAUUGGAGUGCAGAUUUUGAUGCCCUGAUAACCUACACCCCUCUUCAGUCUUUUUCAUCCAGUGCCUGGGACUGGAUUGGUUUAUUUGAGGUUGGUUUCAAAAGUAUUUCAGACUAUGUUACUUACACCUGGGUGAAAGAUGACCAGGUGGCUUUCAUUGAUGGCUUUCAGAUUUACGUAAGCAAAGAUGACAUUCCGGUUCGGGGCGGAGAAUUUGUGCUUUGCUAUUACAGUAGCAAUUUUCAGUGCAUUGUGGGUGUUAGUCAGCCUUUCAAGGUGCAGGGAUCCAGAGCGGCGAUUGAAGAGGGCUGUUUGCCUGAAAACAUUGACGGACUAAAUCAAGCAGUAGCCAGUUAGGACCAGAUUUCUAAUGUACAUUGUCUCAUACACUGUCUGCCCACCUUUCCAAACAUCUGCGCUUCAGAUGUCAAGCCAGACAUACCUGUGAAUUCAAGUGCAAUUUUAAUCCAAAAUGUAAUUUCCAUUUAUAGCGUUUAUACUGUAGUAUUUUUAUCUUUUAAAGGUGAAGACACUUGUGAUAUUCUGAAUAAGCAGCCGUUUUUACUUCGCUUAAAAUCAGUUUUAAAAAGAAUUUCAAAAGCAUUUACAGUAAAUGAAGAAAACAAUGCCAGUGAUGUAUCAUAAUAUGAGACUGAUGCAGUUCAGAUCAUUUACAGCACAGAUCUUAUAUGAUGAUUAUCAGAUCUUAUAACUGCUGAUUAUCUCCUUUUUUUAUCAUUCCGUCUGUUACACUGUCUAAAGAAAUGCGGCGUGUUUUCUAUUUCAGUACUUUUAUGGCACAUUUAAUUUGUUAGAUCUGUUUAUAUUUGUAGCUCAUACAGAAUGUGAUGCUAUAAUUGUGUUUGUCUCAAAAAGUUCAAUGUGCAGAAAUGUUCAUUGUUAUGUCCUUUUAUUACAUUGCUAAAUUAUAUUUUUCCAACGCCUGCACAUUAAUGCUAAACAGAAACAGACAAUGUGCAGUUCAACUUAAAAGUAUUUAUUGAAUCAAGCAUCCCCUCUGUUGUGUGAAGAAUGUUAGUUGUUUUAAUGUUAACCAGUGCUCAAGUAUGAAUAGAAUAUAUUUGUUAUCAAAUUAUACUGUAUAAAGAGCAAAAUACUGUAACAAUCUACUUUUCUCUGUAAGUUAAUGAGUGUUUUAUUUUCUAAAUGAAUCCAAAUGUGUACUGAAGGCAUGAAUUAAAUGUUAUAUAAAUAAAAAAUCUGAAUAACCUGUUA